AUGUAUGGAAAUCUAUGGUAACUUUGGUAAUUUACACUUGAAUAACAUUUUUUAAAAGUAUUCAUAUAUAAAAAUAUAUAUCUGUGUCCAUAUUGUCUAUGACCAUAUGCUUCAAGAGAAAAUAAACAAAAAAAGCAUCUAAUCAAAAUAAUUUAGUUAAUUAAUGUAAACAGCAUCUAAUCAACAUCUUUAUUUUUUAUUUCAGAUUUUUUUUGUUGAAGGGCAGUGGGCCCGGAUUCAAAACCAUUUAGACUCUGGCAUAUAUGUGCACAUAGAUCAUACAAUGGCAUCCUUUAAAUUAACUCUGCUACUCUUCCAACUGUUGACUUUUUUCACAACUGCCACCAGUUUGAUGCCAAAACAGCAACGACAACAAAUACAUAUUGACAUAGUAAAAUGAAUAAAAGUGUGUAUAAAAUAUAUAUAUACACUACCAGUCAAAAGUUUGGACACACCUACUCAUUCAAGGGUUUUUCUUUAUUUUUACUAUUUUCAACGUUGUAGAAUAAUAGUGAAGACAUCAAAACUAUGAAAUAACACAUAUGGAAUCAUGUACUAACCCAAAAGGUGUUAAACAAAUGAAAAUAUAUUUUAUUUUUGAGAUUCUUCAAAUAGCCACCCUUUGCUUUGAUGACAGCUUUGCACACUCUUGGCAAAAAUAUAGACACAACAUGUAAAUAUCCCAGAAUUUGUCCAUAUGCAUAAAAACCUUAUUUCUCUCAAAUGUUGUGCACAAAUUUGUUUACAUCUAUGUUAGUGAACAUUUCUCCUUUGUCAAGAUAAUCCAUCCACCUGACAGGUGUGGCAUAUCAAGAAGCUUAUUAAACAGCAUGAUCAUUACACAGUGCACCUUGUGCUGGGGACAACAAAAGGCCACUCGAAAAUGUGCAGUUUUGUCACAUAACACAAUGCCACAGAUGUCUCAAGUUUUGAGGGAGCGUGCAAUUGGCAUGCUGACUGCAGGAAUGUCCACCAGAACUGUUGCCAGAGAUUGUAAUGUCCAUUUCUCUACCAUAAGCCGCCUCCAACGUUGUUUUAGAGAAUUUGGCAGUAUGUCCAACCAGCCUCACAACCGCAGACCACGUGUAACCAUGCCAGCCCAGGACCUCCACAUCCGGCUUCUACACCUGCGGAUCGUCUGAGUCCAGCCACCCGGACAGCCGAUGAAACUGAGGAGUAUUUCUGUCUGUAAUAAAGCCCUUUUGUGGGGGAAAACGUAUUGUGAUUGGCUGGGCCUGGCUCCCCAGUGGGUGGGCCUGUCUCCCAAGUGGGUGGGCCUAUGCCCUCCCAGGCCCACCCAUGGCUGCACCCCUGCCCAGUAAUGUGAAAUCCAUAGAUUAGGGCCUAAUUUAUUUAUUUCAAUUGACUGAUUACUGUAAGGCAGUAAAAUUGUUGAAAUUGUUGCAUGUUGCAUUUAUAUUUUUGUUCAAUUUUGCCGUUUUAAAGCAAAUUUCCUGCUAUUCUACAUAUUCUGCAAUGGAGCUGAGAGAACAUUUUUCAGUUUUAAAGCUACAGUACCUUGCAAAAGUAUUCAUCCCCCUUGCAUUUUCGUAUUUUGUUGCAUUACAACCUGUAAUUUAAAUAGGUUUUUAUUUGGAUUUCAUGUAAUGGACAUACACAAAAUAGUCCAAAUAGGUGAAGUGAAAUGAAAAAAAAUAUUUGUUUCAAAAAAUUCAAAAAAUAAAUAACGGAAAAGUGGUGCGUGCAUAUAUUUAUUCACCCCCUUUGCUAUGAAGCCGCUAAAUGAGAUCUGGUGCAACCAAUUACCUUCAGAAGUCACAUAAUUAGUUAAAUAAAGUUCACCUGUGUGCAAUCUAAGUGUCACAUGAUCUGUCACAUGAUCUCAGUAUAUAUACACCUGUUCUGAAAGGCCCCAGAGUCUGCAACACCACUAAGCAAGGGGCACCACCAAGCAAGCGGCACCAUGAAGACCAAGGAGCUCUCCAAACAGGUCAGGGACAAAGUUGUGGAGAAGUACAGAUAAGGGUUGGGUUAUAAAACAAUAUCAGAAACUUUGAACAUCCCACAGAGCACCAUUAAAUCCAUUAUAAAAAAAUGGAAAGAAUAUGGCACCACAACAAACCUGCCAAGAGAGGGCCGCACAUCAAAACUCACGGACCAGGCAAGGAGGGCAUUAAUCAGAGAGGCAACAAAGAGACCAAAGAUAACCCUGAAGGAGCUGCAAAGCUCCACAGCGGAGAUUGGAGUAUCUGUCCAUAGGACCACUUUAAGCCGUACACUCCACAGAGUUGGCCUUUACAGAAGAGUGGUCAUAAAAAAGCCAUUGCUUAAAGAAAAAAAUAAGCAAACACGUUUGGUGUUCGCCAAAAGGUGUGUGGGAGACUCCCCAAACAUAUGGAAGAAGAUACUUUUUGGCCAUCAAGGAAAACGCUAUAUCUGGCGCAAACCCAACAGCUCUCAUCACCCCGAGAUCAUCAUGCUGUGGGGAUGUUUUUCAUUGGCAGAGACUGGGAAACUGGUCAGAGUUGAAGGAAUGAUGGAUGGCGCUAAAUACAGGGAAAUUCUUGAGGGAAACCUGUUUCAGUCUUCCAGAGAUUUGAGACUGGGACGGAGGUUCACCUUCCAGCAGGACAAUGACCCUAAGCAUAAUGCUAAAGCAACACUGAAGUGGUUUAAGGGGAAACAUUUAAAUGUCUUGGAAUGGCCUAGUCAAAGCCCAGACCUCAAUCCAAUUCAGAAUCUGUGGUAUGACUUAAAGAUUGCUGUACACCAGCAGAACCCAUACAACUUGAAGGAGCUGGAGCAGUUUUUCCUUGAAGAAUGGGCAAAAAUCCCAGUGGCUAGAUGUGCCAAGCUUAUAGAGAUAUACCCCAAGAGACUUGCAGCUGUAAUUGCUGCAAAAGGUGCCUCUACAAAGUAUUGCCUUUUUUUUGGGGGGGGGGGGAUGCCAAGGGGGGUGAAUACUUUAGCAAGCCACUGUAAUUUCCUGCAAUUCAAUGCAUUUUGCCAUGGCUAAUGCUUUUUUAUUUCACUCAAACAUAAUAACAAUUUCAAUACUGCACAAAAAAUAGUUUUUGUAAUAUUCUAUUUUCCCUUACUGUCUAGCUUAUUUUGGUGAUUGUUAGUUCUCAAAGAUUUAAAAAAAUAUAUAUAGGUCCGUUAUCUUCUCUACAUAUUUUAUAUCUGGUUUAAGUCAUUUAACCUUUUACUGCAGUGGGCUAAAUCAGGGUCACAGAGUGAUUCUUGGUAGUCUUAAACAAAUCUACUUUGAAACAAAAGUAUACACCUCACACACAUUGUUAUGGGCUUAAAAAAAAGAAGUCACCUGUACCAUGUCAGAUAUAGAGUUGGAAUGUAUUCAGUUUUAAGUUUUCAUCCCAAUAUUACACUUUAUAUACAUCACAGAAGACUGAAAUAUAACAAAUCUUUUUGACAUAGAAACACUGGAUUUUCAUCAGUAAAAAAAAUAUAUAUAUUUAUUAGUUAUGAAAUUAUGAAAAAUAUAAGUAACAUUCCACCCAGGAGGCCAAAGGGGGCACUUUUGGUCAUUGGCUGCAGGAAAGGGCUACAUUUACACUGAAAGCAUUUGUCCAUCCUGAAAAUCUAUUUGGACUUAGAUGUCCCCAAAAAAACCGCUUAGGAUUUCAAUGGCAGAAAAAUACCUGUAUGUUAUCAAUACGUAUCCUUCUAAUCUACUCGUUCUCACUAAGCGUCAAUAUAAAAGUCAAACACAGUCCUGUCUUUAGACUGUUGUGAAUAAAGCCUGUAUUAGGAAAAUAUUACUAGAUACACCACACUGUCACAUUCAACUCAGUGACUAAUCUAAACCUAGCCUAAUAGCAUAACUUUGCCUAACCUAGCAUAAAAUAGCUGUCUGUGGCAUCAUGUAGAGAGAUUUAAAGAUGCACACACUGCUCUGAUGCAUCUCAUCUCAUCACUCCCUCCUCCCUCCAUGCCCCUCUCCUGUCUUUUGAUUUGGAGCAUCCCUAUUCUGGCCGCAAUGUGUUUGUAUAUGUAGCAGCUCACUGUCUCCCUCGUGUGGACAAAUACAGAACCGCAACACUGCAGCAUCACAGUCCCAAUGGACGCAUGCAGGGAUUCUGUUUCUGCUUGCGCUAUCCUUAUUUUUGGCAUGCUGUUUUCUGUGUGAAUCUCUUCAGUUUCUCUUUCAGUUCAUUCAUAUCCACCCCCAUCCCCCCACCCCCCUCCCCAGCCACCAAGCUAUCAGACCUGUUUGGCGUAGUACGCAGGGCGUCAGGGCCCAUGUCUGAUGGGGAAGGGGGCACCAGCACACCUCCACCCCCUCCAGCCGCCCCCUCCGUCGCCGCCUCCCCACCCAUGGCACACACCCCUAUGCAGCGUAAGUACACUAUAGCAGGACCAGAGUAUUUAGAUAAGCUGGUCUGCGUCGGAAAUGGAACCCUAUUCACUCACAAGAGAAGGAUCUGUGUUUUGAGAGGUCUUCAUGGAUAUGUUUCAUAUUCGUCAUUCUAAGUCAGUUUGUAAUAAGUCAAUUUCGAAUGGAACAUGUGACUUUUCUGUUUAUACUUUAUACUUUCAUUUUUUUAUUUCACCGUCAUUUAAUUUUGUGAUCUUUUCUACCCCUACACCUCCUCCCUCUUUCUCCUGCUCCUUUGCUCUUUCUCUCUCUAACUCUCUCUCUCUCUCUCCAUCCGUAUCUAUCCCUCUGUCCCUGCGACCAGUGUCCCGUCUUUCAGACCUAGUGGGCAAUGUUCGCCGGUCGUCUGCCCCAGCCCCUCCCCCCGCCACACCUGCACCCGCCGAGGUAGAGGUGGCACCAGCCCCCAGGCCCACUCCCCCCCCAUCACACCCCACCUCCCCUCCUCCCCCCAUGUCCCCCUCCAGCCUCUCCCUCACCUCUCAGAGUGAGUACUGGGCAUGACCCCUGACCCCAGAGUGUUGCCAAUCAGAAGGCUGUGUAGUAUAGUGCAUGUUGUGACACCACUCACUCAGCACUGUGACUUGACUCGUGUUUGGUAAGCACUCCAAAGCCCUAACGAGGGUUUCCCUAGCAUUAUAUAUCAGGCGAGGCCGGCCUCUUGCCGAGUUCAGUUGGGUAAAAAGGGGCCUCUAGGCCUACUGGUUUUAAUCGAUUGUUUUGGUGGGUUUGCAGCGUGUUUCGAUUUUUGCUGUAGAGGCCUUUAUUUGCUUUAGGGUCUUUGGGCCCUACCUAGGGGAAACAAGGAAACACAACUAACUGUGUGCUGUUUUUUUGCUUGUUGGAAGUGAAAAUGGUGAGUUGUGUGGUGUGACAUGUAGCAACUAACAUUCACUGCAGAGUGAUAUUAUAAUGAGUUAUCAACUGGUUGUGUUUGUGUGUCGUUUUGGUGUUGGUUGCAGUUUACUUCAAUUGCUUUGGUACUAUUUUCACAAGUAUGUGGUGAAUUUUCUAAACUCUUAGUACAAAACUCAGGUCUGGUAACAUUUGUAACGCAGUCUCAUAUUCAAAACCUUUCAUUGUUCAUUCAUUUUGUUUGGAGACAUCUUUCACCAUACAACCAUUGAUCCAAAAUAUACGUUUACUGUGAAAACCAUGAGAACAUUGAUUUAAUCACCAAAACACAACAUAAUGAUGUCUUCUCAAUUUAGUUGGUUUAACAACCAGUUAAUCCAAUAGCAAAACAUUUGAUAUCAAAAUUGCCCUUUUAAUGUAGUAUGUUAAAGUACUGUACACAGGCCAGUGACGACGAACGCCGAAGCCUACCCGAACAAGGAGAGGAGGCAGCCUCGGAGGAAGUUGUGACAAUACCCCCCCCCCCCCUUGACGUGCAGCUCCAGCAUCGGGGACAACCAGGAGGACGCGGAGCAGGGCGAGCCGGAUGGCGACGGUGGAAAUCCCGCAACAGGGAGGGAUUGAGGAUAUCCCUCACCGGGACCCAGCACAGCUCCUCCGGACCGUACCCCUUCCACUCCACGAGGUACUGAAGGCCCCCCACCCGACGCCUCAAAUCCAGGAUGGAACGGACGGAGUACACCGGGGCCCCUUCGAUGUCCAGAGGGGGCGGAGGGACCUCCCGCACCUCAGACUCCUGGAGCGGACCAACCACCACCGGCCUGAGGAGAGACACAUGGAACGAGGGGUUAAUGCAGUAAUCUGGAGGGAGUAGUAACCUAUAAGUAACCUUGUUUAUUCUCCUCAGGACUUUGAAUGGCCCCACAAACCGCGGGCUCAGCUUCCGGCAGGGCAGGCGGAGGGGCAGAUUCCGGGUCGAGAGCCAGACCCGAUCACCGGUACAAAGACCGGGGCCUCACUGCAGUGGCGGUCAGCGUUGGCCUUCUGGCGACGCACGGCGCGUUGGAGGUGGAUGUGAGCCACCGAAACCAGUCAUCCACCGUAGGAGCCUCGGUCUGGCUCUGAUGCCACGGUGCCAGAACCGGCUGAUAACCCAAAACACAUUGAAAUGGAAUUAGGUUAGUGGAGGAGUGGCAGAGAGAGUUAUGGGCAUAUUCAGCCCAUGGCAAGAACACCGACCACUCCCCCUGCCGUUCUUGGCAGUAGGACCGCAGGAACCUACCCACAUCCUGAUUCACCCGUUCCACCUGCCCAUUAGACUCGGGGUGAAAACCAGAGACCCCCAGACGUUCCAUGAUCGCCUUCCAGACCCUGGAUGUGAACUGGGGACCCCGGUCAGACACUACGUCCUCUGGCACCCCGUAGUGCCGGAAGACGUGUGUAAACAGGGCCUCCGCAGUCUGCAGGGCCAUGGGGAGACCGGGCAGAGGAAGGAGGCGGCAGGCUUUGGAAAAGCGGUCCACAACGACCAGGAUGGUGGUGUUACCUUGAGAGAGGGGAAGAUCAGUAAGGAAGUCAAUACACAAGUAGGACCAUGGUCGUUGUGGAACUGGUAAGGUCUGUAACUUACCCGCUGGGAGGUGCCUAGCUGCCUUACUCUGGGCGCACACCGAGCAGUAGGAGACAUACACCCUCACGUCCUUAGCCAAGGUAGGCCACCAGUACUUUCUGGUCAGGCAGCGCACUGUACCACCGAUACCUGGGUGACCAGAGGAGGGGGACGUGUGUGCCCAAUAGAUCAGACGGUCACGGACAAGAGAAGGCACAUACUGCAGCCCAGCUGGACAUUGAGGUGGAGAUGGCUCUGUGAGUGACGCCCACUCUAUGUCCGCGUCCAUCGCCCAUACUACUGGCGCCACAAUGCAGGAGGCUGGGAGUAUGGGGGUGUUGUCUCUGGGCCUCUCCUCUGUGUCAUACAGCCGGGACAGUACAUCUGCCUUCACGUUCUUCAUACCCGGGAUGUAAGAUAGUGUAAAAUCAAACCGGGUGAAGAAUAGGGCCCACCUGGCCUGGCGAGGGUUCAGCCUCCUCGCUGCCCGGAUGUACUCCAGGUUACGGUGGUCCGUCCAGACGAGGAAAGGGUGUUUCGCCUCCCUCGAGCCAGUGCCUCCACAUGGUCAGGGCUCGGACAACAGCCAACAGCUCCCGAUCACCAACGUCGUAGUUCUGCUCCGUCGGGAUGAGCUUCUUGGAGAAGAAAGCACAGGGGCGGAGCUUGGGUGGCGUGCCCGAGCGUUGAGAUAGGACAGCGCCUAUCCCUACCUCAGACGCAUUCACCUCCACUACGAACGGUAGUGAUGGAUUGGGAUGGGCCAGUACUGGGGCUGAGGUGAACAGAACCCUCAGGUUACUGAAGGCCCUGUCAGCCUCUGCAGACCAGCGGAGCUGGGACGGCCCACCCUUCAACAGAGAUGUGAUGGGAGCUGCGACCUUGUCAAAGCCCCAAAUUAACCUCCGAUAGUACUUGAGGAGGCAGGCGAAGUGGAGGGACGUAUGAACCCCUGGCACAGGGACUCGGAGACGUAUGUCUCCAUAGCCUCCAUUUCAGCCUGCGACAGGGGAUACACAUGACUCCUGGGAGGCACAGCAUCUUGCAGGAGGUUUAUUGCGCAAUCCCCCGCCCGAUGAGGUGGUAAUUUUGUCGCCUGCGUUUUGGAAAACGCAUGCGCCAAAUCGAGGUAUUCGGGGGGGAACGCACGGUGGAGCUAGUGUCUGGACUUUCCAUCGUGGUUGCACCAAUGGAAACACCUAGACACCUACCCUGACAAUCUCGCGACCACCCCGUGAGAACCCUCUGCGGCCAUGAAAAGGUGGGGUUGUGUAGUGCUAACCAGGGAAGACCUAACACAACAGGGAAAUCAGGAGACUCAAUAAUAAAAAAAGUGACUUGCUCUCGAUGAGUCUCGUGCGUAACCAUAGUGACUGAUGCUGUAAAUUGCCUAACGAACCCGGACCCUAAUGGUCGACUGUCAAGUGCUCUGAUGGGGAGUGGAAUGGAUAGGGGAACCAAUGUAAUGCCUAGACUAUGUGCAAAUGACCUGUCCAUAAAGUUCCCAGCAUAAAGUCCUGUCAAAAUUCCGUGGUCGAAAUAUGUGAAUCACUCUGGGUGGCUGGAUCCGGUCACUCAGCUGGUCCAUCGCUUCUCCCAAGCUGGUUAGCAUAGUAGAAUGCUCCCGGACCCGUGCCACGACUCCAGGCUGGUGCUCCUCUCCUGCUGACACCAUGUUCGGGUGUGUGAUUCUGUGAUGAGGUGAUUCUGAAGGAGUCAGGCGCAGGAGUGUAAAUCACAGAUUAACAGGAUUUAUUCUGAAUUACAGAGUUAAGCAGUAAUGCGUAAAAACACUCCAGUGCGCAAAACAGGCGCACUGGAAAAUACAAGGCACACAGUGAAUAUUCCCGGUGAUACAAAAUACACGGACGGAGCUCCACCGAGCUUCUCUCUCCUUCACAAUAAACAAUCACACACAAAGACAAGGGGGCAGAGGGAACACUUAUACAGGUACUGAUGAGGGGAUAUGAACCAGGUGUGUGUAAUAAACAAGACAAAACUAAUGGAAUGAUGAGAUGAGGAGCGGCAGUGGCUAGAAGGCCGGUGACGACGAACGCCAAAGCCUGCCCGAACAAGGAGAGGAGGCAGCCUCAGAGGAAGUCGUGACAGAAAAGGAGACUAUAUGAUUUUGUGUGUUGUACUUAGUAAAUUGAACAUGUGCUUAGAGUUUUAAAACAACUGCCUUUUUGAUGAUCUGUUUUGAGUUUUGUACUAAGCAUUGUGAAAGUUGACUACAUACUUGUGAAAAUCGCACCAAAGUGAUUGAAAAAAACUGUAAUACAGGAUUUGUUGCUUAUUAUAAGCGUGAUCAAGAUUGUUGGUUGGUGUUUGUGUGUGUGUGUCUGAGGUGCAUAUUGUACACAUUAACUGCACGCGAACUCUCCACUGGUGUGUGUGUGUGUGUCUGACUCUAUGCUGUGUUCCUCCUACAGCACGCAAACAAGAGAUAAUCAAGAUCACUGAACAGCUGAUCGAGGCUGUGAACAAUGGAGACUUCGAGGCAUACGCGUGAGUUCAUCAGUGUGUGUGAGAGAGUCUGAGUGUGGGUAGCUACACACAAGAAGAAGAAGGAUUGUAUGAUUGUUUUAGUCAUUUUUAGUGUGAGCAUGUAUCAUAAUGUGUGUGUGCGUGCGCGUGUGAGACAUUGAUGUGUGUUUCCUCUCCCCAGUAAGAUCUGUGAUCCUGGUCUGACCUCCUUUGAACCUGAGGCCCUGGGCAACCUGGUGGAGGGAAUGGACUUCCACAGAUUCUACUUUGAAAACCGUAAGAUCUGCAGAGAUGCUUUAUAUUCUAUUGGGGGAAACACAUGCAUCUAAUCCAGCAUCAAGGAUUGGGGGAGCCCCAGAAAGCGACAUUAUACUGUAGUUUGGGACUCAUUUUCUUGAAGGAUCUUUUGAUCUUUAGAUAUGGAAUGACCGGCGUCCCGAGUGGUGCAGCGGUCUAAGGCACUGCAUCGCAGUGCUAGAGGCGUUACUACAGACCGGAGUUCGAUCCCAGGCUGUGUCGCAGCCGGCCGCGACCGGGAGACCCAUGAGGCUUCACACAAUUGGCCCUGCGUCGUCCGGGUUAGGGGAGGGUUUGGCCGGCCGGGAUGUCCUUGUCCCAUCGCGCUCUAGCGACUCCUUGUGGCGGGCCGGGCGCAUGCAUGCUGACCUCGGUCGCCAGCUGUACAGUGUUUCCUCCGACACAUAGGUGCGGCUGGCUUCCGGGUUAAACGAGAAGUGUGUCAAGAAGCAGUGCGGCUUGGCAGGGUCGUGUUUCGGAGGACACAUGGCUCUCGACCUUCGCCUCUACCUAGGUCCGUACGGGAGUUGCAGCAAUGGGACAAGACUGUAACUACCAAUUGGAUAUCACGAAAUUGGGAAGAAAAAGGGAUAAAAAGUACAAAAAUAUAUAUAUAAAGAUAUGGAAUGACCGAACCUAUUCUCUCAAAUGACCAUUUUGACUUAGUUUUUUUUUACUUUCUCUCUUUCUGUGACUUUUUCCUUACCACUCCCCCCCCCCCCCCCCCCACCUCCCCCCUCCCUCCCUCCAGUCCUGUCUAAGAACAGUAAGCCUAUCCACACCACAAUCCUGAACCCCCAUGUCCACCUCAUUGGAGAGGACGCUGCCUGCAUCGCCUACAUCCGCCUCACCCAAUUCGUUGACGGCCAGGGCCAUCCGCGCUCCAGCCAAUCAGAGGAGACUAGGGUAUGGCACCGCCGGGACUCCAAGUGGCAGAACGUCCACUUCCACUGCUCGGGUGCGCCCGCCGCACCACUCCAGUGAGGUAUGUGUAGAACAUGUUUGUAUCAUGUGUGUGUGUAAACACAUUUACAGUUAUGUACGCAUACACACACACACUGACAUGCGCACACACACAGACACACUGUUUUGAAAACUUGUUUUCAGAAAUGUAAGAUGUGAAAUGAAAAUGUCUGUUAA